AUCCCGUUCAAGGAGUGUCUCCUAGUGCUCUGAAGUUAUUUAGUGUUUUGGCCAGGGCUAUAAGCUUUUCUCCCUUUAAAUACAUUUCUUCAGUAUCAUUAAUCUGAAACCUGAGAGACCACGUCCUAUUAGGGCUUGUGGUUCUGAGCAAAUUUUCAGGAGAGUUUGCUGAUACCAUUAUAUCAAGAACAUGGGACCUUCAGUUAUUACAGUCAGAAAUGUUAAUUGGUGGGUAGCUGGAGUAAACACGGGAGUCCUUCCCUGACAUUUCAUUUAGGUGUGAGUAAAAGCUGAUGUAUUAGCACACUGUUCUGAAAAAUAGUGUAAAUGACCUGGCAAAAUGUUAAGCUUAAGCUUGAAGUCCUCACAGACUUUUUGCACCUUUAGGCUCUGGGAGGCAGCUCAAGGAAGAAUGCUAUGCUUACAGAGUUGAACAGCAGGGACAGAGUCAAGUGGAUGUGCAGCGACCUGCUUCUGGAAGGAAGAGCUCCAGGAAAGAGGAGAAUCUUCAAGAGCUGCCCUGCAUUGUGACAUGUCUGAUCCCUUGCUUCCGUCCUUGCGGUAUGAACAAGGUAGACACCCACUGACCUGUUCCGAGGUUGUUCCACAAAGCAUGGGGGCCCACGUCUGAAUGGAUUGCUGUAGCCUUCUCGUCACUCCCUUUGCCCAGAUCCCUGCAUCCUGAAGCUCAAAGCCAGCACAGGACCUGGAGAAAUUACAUGGUGUGAACGGCAUGUCUGUGGAUGAGAAGCCUGACUCCCCCAUGUAUGUGUAUGAGUCCACAGUCCACUGCACCAACAUCCUCCUGGGCCUCAAUGACCAGCGAAAAAAGGAUAUUCUCUGUGACGUGACUUUGAUCGUGGAGAGGAAGGAGUUCCGGGCCCACCGGGCUGUGCUGGCCGCAUGCAGUGAAUACUUCUGGCAGGCACUGGUCGGACAGACCAAAAAUGACCUGGUGGUCAGCCUGCCUGAGGAGGUCACGGCCAGGGGCUUUGGGCCGCUGUUACAGUUUGCCUACACUGCCAAGCUGUUACUCAGCAGAGAAAACAUCCGCGAGGUCAUCCGCUGCGCUGAGUUCCUGCGCAUGCACAACCUGGAGGACUCCUGCUUCAGCUUCCUGCAGACCCAGCUCCUGAACAGCGAGGAUGGCCUGUUUGUGUGCCGAAAGGACGCUGCGUGCCAGCGCACGCACGAGGACCAUGGGAACUCCGCAGGAGAGGAGGAGGAUGAAGAGGAGGAGACGAUGGAUUCAGAGACGGCCAAGAUGGCUUGCCCCAGGGACCAGAUGCUUCCAGACCCCGUCAACUUUGAGGCCACGGCCAUACCUGUAGCAGAGAAGGAAGAAGCCUUGCUGCCCGAGGCUGACGUGUCCACAGACACCAAGGAGAGCUCAGAAAAGGACGCGUUAACACAGUACCCCAGAUACAAGAAAUACCAGCUGGCGUGUACCAAGAACGUGUAUAACGCAUCAUCACACAGUACCUCAGGUUUUGCAAGCACAUACAGUGAAGACCACUCUGGCAACAACCUCAAGCCAGGGCUUGCCAUGGGGCAGAUUAAAAGUGAGCCGCCCAGUGAAGAGAACGAGGAAGAGAGCAUCACACUCUGCCUGUCUGGAGAUGAGCCCGACAUCAAGGACAGAGCGGGGGAUGUCGAGAUGGACCACAAACAGCCCAGCCCCGCCCCCGCCCCCGCCACCCCUGCUGGGGCCACCUGCCUGGAGGGACCCAGCAGUGUGUCCUCACCCUCCUGUUUAAGGUCUCUGUUCAGCAUAACGAAAAGCGUGGAGUUGUCUGGCCUGCCCGGCACAUCGCAGCAGCACUUCGCCAGGAGUUCAGCGUGCCCUUUUGACAAGGGGAUCACUCAGGGUGACCUUAAAACUGACUACACCCCUUUCACAGGGAAUUACGGACAGCCCCACGUGAGCCAGAAGGAGGCAGCCAACUUCACCAUGGGGUCGCCCCUCAGGGUGCCUGGUUUGGAGGCUGUCUGUAAACAGGAGGGAGAGCUGGACCGGAGGAGUGUGAUCUUCUCCUCGAGCGCUUGCGACCAAGUGAGCACUUCAGUGCAUUCGUAUUCCGGGGUGAGCGGUUUGGACAAAGACCUCUCUGAGCCGGUGCCAAAGGGUCUGUGGGUGGGAGCUGGCCAGUCCCUCCCCAGCUCACAAGCCUACUCCCACGGCGGGCUGAUGGCUGACCACCUGCCAGGUAGGAUGCGGCCCAACACCAGCUGCCCAGUGCCCAUCAAAGUCUGUCCUCGCUCUCCCCCACUGGAGACCAGGACCAGGACUUCCAGCUCUUGUUCCUCCUAUUCCUACGCAGAGGACGGAAGUGGGGGCUCCCCCUGCAGCCUCCCUCUCUGUGAGUUCUCCUCCUCGCCCUGUUCCCAGGGAGCCAGAUUCCUUGCCACAGAACAUCAGGAACCAGGCCUGAUGGGAGAUGGAAUGUACAACCAAGUCCGGCCCCAAAUAAAAUGUGAGCAGUCUUAUGGAACCAACUCCAGCGACGAAUCUGGAUCAUUCUCGGAAGCAGACAGUGAGUCGUGUCCUGUGCAGGACAGGGGCCAGGAGGUCAAACUUCCUUUUCCUGUAGAUCAAAUCACAGAUCUUCCAAGGAAUGAUUUCCAGAUGAUGAUUAAGAUGCACAAACUAACCUCAGAACAGUUAGAGUUCAUUCACGACGUCCGACGGCGCAGUAAGAACCGCAUCGCAGCCCAACGCUGCCGCAAGAGGAAACUAGACUGCAUCCAGAAUUUAGAGUGUGAAAUCCGCAAACUGGUGUGUGAGAAAGAAAAGCUAUUAUCAGAGAGGAAUCAGCUGAAAGCCUGCAUGGGGGAGUUGUUGGACAACUUCUCCUGCCUUUCCCAGGAAGUCUGCCGUGACAUCCAGAGCCCUGAGCAGAUCCAGGCGCUGCAUCGGUAUUGCCCUGUCCUCAGACCCAUGGAUCUCCCCACAGCCUCCAGUAUUAACCCUGCACCCUUGGGUGUUGAGCAGAACCUCACAGCCUCCCAAUGUGUGGUGGGGGAAAAUGUACCCUGCUGCUCAGAGCCUAGUUCGGCUCCUUCUGGGCCCCCCUGGGUCCCCAGCAACGCCUCUGAGAAUUGUACCUCUGGGAGGAGGCUGGAAGGCACUGACCCAGGAACCUUCUCAGAGAGAGGACCUCCUCUUGAACCCAGGAGCCAAACGGUAACCGUGGACUUCUGCCAGGAAAUGACUGAUAAGUGUACAACUGACGAACAGCCCAGGAAAGAUUACACCUAGUGACGCGGAUCUGCUGCCAUCCUCACACCUCUCCCAUUCAGGUGUUCUUCGGUCAGCCUGUGGCGCUGUUCAUCUGUUGUCUUGAAGAACCGAGAACAAAUUUGGUGCACACUACAGCAGUCUUAGCAGCAAUACUGUUCCGAAGUAUUCCCUUUUCUCUUCAAGCAGGAGUGAUAGAUAGUUACCUUCACAAUGGUGCUACCCCUUGCUCAGGCGAGGGAAGACAGCAGUGCCAACACUGUCUGUCUGUGGGUUCAUUUCAGUCUUCACAGGGAUAGACUGCAACACCUCUAGGACCCAACCACGGAUUUUUUUUUUCUCAGUGGCCCAUGUCACAAACCCUAUCUCAGGAAUUUCUUCUGAAUGUUCAAUUUUUUCAUUGAAGACAGCUUCUAUACACAUCAAAGUUUUAUAGCUAGACUGUACAUAUUAUAUAUAAUAUAUAUAAAAUAUAUAUAUAUAUAUCUCCAUAUGCAAAAGUCCUGCAUGCCUCAAUUUUCUCAUCCUAAAACUGGAAACUUCAUUUCUCAUUUAUAAACAGGUUCCAACAUUCCUCUUCUUUUGUCUCUGAUGCUAGAACUAGUUUGGUAACUGUUAACAUGGUCAUUUUUCUUACUUCACAGUUCAGUUCCAAUUUGUACUUAUUUAUGGACAGUAGUUAAUGUUGGAAGCUUUUCUCAAGGUUUUAUUUCAGACCUUUUUGUUUGUUCAGUUUGGUUUGGGCACCAACAAAUGGUGUCGUCUGAGCAUUGUGGGUUGUUUAUUGUUUUGUUUUGUUUUUUUUUUUCCUUGCAGAUACUGUACAGUAAUGGUCAACUUUGCCACUUGCACUGAGUUUUGGGUCAAACCUAUUUUCUUAAAUGAAGUUGUCACUUCAUCAUAACUCAAGUAUACUGUAUAUUCUUUACUUUUCGUUAAAAAGUAAAACAUUUUAGAUAAUUAAAAAGCACUCAGGUGAUAAUUAUGUAGGAAAAACAAUCUUGCCAAAUAAUUAAUUCAUCCUAGGAUGUGUAGACAAGAAUCUGCUUGAAUAUUUUUCUAUUUCACCUCCUCCCCACCUUUCCCUAAGCAAAAUCUAAAUGCAGAUAGAGAGUUCAGAGUUGAUGCUGGAUGUUCAGAUUCCUAAGUGGGGAGAGAGUUUGGACAUCUCACUCAAACAUGCAUCAAAACAACAGGAAUCCAUGAUUUUAUACCAGAACUCAGCAGACAUUGGCUCCUAGAAAUCAAGUUAGAACUGUUUUCUCACCCGGGGAGUUAGUCCCAUUCAUUUCAGCACUUCAUCAGGCCUCGGCUUGCCCUAGGAAGUGUUCUGCAGUAGACCUUUGAAGGAUGUGGCUGACAGCCACCCGCUCUCUUGCCCAGGAUUGGCCUCCUGGGAUCUCUCGCCUGAGGGGGUUUGAAUCACAGCUCCAAGGCUCCUGCCUCUAAGUGGCUGCACUGGAUUAAUGCGGCUCACCAGUCGUAGGAAAUAACAGGGCAGAUUCCAACCUGAGGUCCAACCCCGACAGACUCACAUAUUUCUUUCUCCUUCUCUUCUCUGAAUGCUUUGAGUUGUACUCUGAGGUUUUUCUGCCAGUUUCUUGUCUGAAGGCAGACUUCAUUCUGAGGCCUUGGAUAAGGUAUCACCAGGACCCCUCCUCCUCUCCCUUCCCCAACACACACACAUAUACCCUAUCCUCGCCUGAUGAUCAGUAUGUUCUCUUGCUGCAAAACUGGUUGGCUUGCAACCCAGAGAGAGCAGCUUCCCUUGGCUUUGGGGGCAUGUUGGCCCCCUGGACGCGUUUACAGGAAAGUGUGGAAGGAGGAGGAAUCAGCUCCCUCCCCCUCCAGUGGUCCCAGUCUCGCUGAACAACCCACGGGCCACCCAGCCUGGCUGUGGAAGAGAGUCCUGAACAGUUUGAUGUGGGGAUGGGGUGGUGGGCAGUGGGGAAAUAGAUGGUUGACUUUGUUUCUUUAUUUGUGCCAUUGUUUGGACAAUAUUAAAGCUGCAUGUAAAAGGGGAAAUUAGUAUAUGAUGUAGGCGAAAAGUGAAUCAUAGUAACAUAUGUUUUAGUAUUAUUAACUUUUUUCUGUACAAAUAUUAGCGCUAAAUGUUUAAAUAUGUAUGAAUGCCAGGAAAAUGUUGGUUCUGCAGUAGGAUAAAAGAAAAAAAAAAAAAGGCUUUUCUUUUAAAAUAGUUCCACUCUUAAAACCUGCCUCUGGGUUUUUGUUUUCUUCCCAUGUGUGUAUGUAUGUGUGAGUGCUUGUCUGAGACAGAUUUUGAUAUGUCUCUAUGUGGGAGCUACUUUGCCUUUAUUUUUUUUUUUUACAGUUGUUGGAAUUUCUUGGCCUAGUAAAACAGUUCUGUGCUUCACCGUGAGGCUUGCCUUUGUGGAAACUGGUGACAGCUAGAAUUUAAAUUCAAUGUGAAUCAAGUUGAUACUUCACAGGUAUGUGUGAUGGUGGAGGAGUCAGCUGACAGUAUUUUGUUUCUUAGCUCUCUUGUUGCCUUUUAAGUGACCUCUCCUCUUCUUUUAAAAAAGGAAUGUUUUCUACUCAUAUCAUAACCAGGUCCAAACCAGCUUCUUGGCAUGAUUUACCCUGGUAACAACUCAUGUGCAACUGGUAGUCUUGACCACAUUCCAUCUGUUGCCCCAGGUUGCUGUGUUCAGUAGCCCAGACCUGUGCGGCAGCCAUUUCCAGGAGGACAGGGGUCUCUUUAUUUCUGUCCACCCUAACUCAACCCUCAACCUCUCACCAACCCCUGCCUCAGUUUCUUCCUCUUCCCGCACCCAACCCCUGCCAUGGGACUGGUUAAAAACACUGCUCUAAAAACUGUCUUUCGACUUCUUAGGGAUUUUUAACAAGUUAUUUGAUUCAUUCUCCAUCACAAACAGCAACUAGCUUUGUACAAUUCGUGUGACAUAUCUGUGUCUUUUACUGUUCUGAACCAUGUGCUUGUCAAAAGUGUUUCUGGGUUGAUUCAAAAGGAGGACUUGCUGGGAACAGAAUCCAAAUCGCCUCAAGUAGAACUUAAAGAACUUAAAGCCUGUCUUCUUUACCGGAAUCCCUUAGUCAAUCCCAUGCCUUUCAUGAAAAGGAAAAGCAAGUAAACAGCAAGAAAUAGUGUUUGCACAGUAUGGUGACAUUUAGUUGUGUUUUCAAGGUCCUUCCUUAUAAAAAUAAAGGACCCUGCUACAAGGAGCUAUUUAGAAGGGCCCCUAUGACAGCCUGGUUGAGUCUCCAAAUGACUGGAGUAGGAGUGGGUUGUUGAGGUGGAGCCAGUGGAGCUGCCCUUGAGACUGAUUACCACCUCACCCAAAUCUAGUCCUCCCCUUGGAUCUGCCUGUGUCCUAUUUGUGUCUCUAAACAACCUCCUUCAUUCAGGUUGGUCAGGCUUUGGGCAGGUGAGUGCUUUGCUGUAUGUGUCUGUUUUUCUGCGUUAUCUGGGGGUGCCUUGAAUAAAAUCAAACUUCAUAGCAUACUGAUUCUGGAACAAAACAGUUAUAAUUUUUUUUUAAGAAAAGAAAAAACAGUUGGCAAAGUUACUAGGCCAUUCUGCUACUUCUCUUCCAAGUUCCCUAACCAUGACUCAGGCGUCAGAGGUGAUGCUGCAGUAGAAAAUGUUAUUUUGUAUGUUGUACAAGUAAUUUAUUAACUGUCUUUCUAAAGUAUGCUGCUUUUAAGAUGCAUUAUCAUUUUGGAUAUAAUCCUUAUAUCGCUUUUCCAAGGAAGUGAGAAAAAGACUAGUGAUUGGUAGGCCAACUGCCACUUCUCCUUAAAAAGGAGCCUGAGGCCCAGCUACAGGACUCACGUAAAAGGACUGACUAAAUUAGUUUGGAGUGCACGAUGCGAAGUUUAGUGCUGGUGUCCAGAAGCCUAAACCUAUCCUUUCUCUUCUCAUAUUUUAUGACUGCCAUAAAAGAAGAAGGAAAAGGAAAAAAAAGAAAAAAAGGUUUGAAAAUGAUAAGCUCUUUAGGAAACUGAAGUCCUGCCCCAGGAAGCUGCUACAUCUGAGGAGUAGCAUAAUCCUCUCAAAAUGAGUAAAGGCCUACAAAGCUUUUCCAAAUCUCUACUUGUCUACCUAUUUUGAUACAUUAUGCCCCAUUUAAAUUAGAAGCUAUUUCAUAAAUUACAUCAAAUUACUCCUCUAUUGUAUACUGUUUAGUAGGAGUCUCAAUCUUAAAGGGGGGGAAAUCCAUUUUUUCCCCUCAAAUCACUAAAAGUAGAGUAAGAACAAGGUUUUUUUGGUUUCAUUUGUUAGAAUAAAACUGUUCAUUGUGUCAGGAAUUAGUGUUUCUUCCUGAAAUUGAAAAUUUCAUGGUAGGUUCAAUUUCUGGUCAGUCAGUUCACAAUACAAUGCCUUGUGUGGAGUUGGUAUUCCUGCAGGAAGUCUGUGUGUGGAGACAUUCUGUGUUCAAGGUGUAUGUUUAUAAUUCUGCCCGAGCCAUCUCAUGACCCAAGCAUCAAAGAGCGAUGCUAUAGAAUAGAAUAUAUUUGUAUACAAAUAGUGUGUGCGAAUAGUAUUUGUACAUAGAAAAGACUUAUUGUGGCAGAUUAAGGAUAAAUUAUUCAACUGACGGUGCAAAAUGUUACUUGCAAAGAAAAGUAAGUGUAUAGUAUUUUCCUACACUCCACCCUGGGAGAUAAUAUUUAUAUCAAAUGAAUUAUCAGUGCAUUCUAAUUGUAAUAUGAAAAUGAUGUUGCCAUUUUGUGAAGAAUAUCUACUUGGUUAUAGAGGCCAACUUUCCUAGCUUUGAUUAAAUGUUGUGACAUGGUGUAUGCAUUUCGCUGUGAAGCAAUGGAUAAACAGCUCUGACUUUCAUUUUCAUUCCAGUUUAUUGACCUCAGAUAAAACAGUGGCCCUUCUUAGAAGCAAAAGUGCAUCAAGACCAUUCAUUUUAGGUAGACACACAUUCAGUGCCAAAGGCUCCCAUGGGAUAAUCAUAUCUGUAUGUCAGAAAAGAGUGAAGGUAUGUGGACAAAGGGGUUUUCCGACAGAUCAAUGCCAUGUCUUCUAUCAAAACAUGAGGGAAGGCAUGGGGGCACUUCCACUUGAGUCCUAACAAUGCAUUUUGCAUGUGAGAAUGCUGGGAUGCCCAUUCACACCCUGACAUAAAAGACCUGGCACUUCUGAUAAAUGAUUAGGAGGAUUCCAGAUGCAUUUGGGAGCUUCGGGUGCUUGUUAGACACAGUGAGCCAUUCAAAGCAAGCCCCACCUUUGUUUGUGAGGCCAGGAGGCCUGUGAGAAUUUGUUCCAGAACCAGUCUGAUGCAAGUGCACCUCUAAUAUAUGCCUUACAAACUCCAGAGGCCAUAUUCAAAACAGGGUCUUCUCAGUGUAUGCAAGGGGCUACAGCCCCUCUUCUCUUCCUCCCCAGGUCAAACAAUACGGACAGUUUUCACACAUAUCUACCUGUAUAACCCUCUGUACCUCUCAUAACUGGUCAACGACUGUAACAGGUUACAUCAGGUGUUUUUCUACAUACUUUUUACACAGAUUCUAUGCGAUUAAUGUAACUUAAUUCAAUGCAUCAUUUUAUUGUACUAGUUCUUAGGCUUGUCCUUUUUUUUCCUAAGUGAUUGUGGUUUUUAUUGUGGUUUUUAUUGUAAAAAUGAAAUGGCUGUUGAUGCUUAUUCUCUGUAACUAAGAAUUUUUACCUUUUGGGGGAAAAAAAAACAUUGCUAUGAACUAAUGAAUUGAAACUUCAUUUACUCAUUGUAAAUACACUAUUGUGCAAAAAAAUUGUUUUCACUCAGUUGAAUUGCUAGUGUUAACUGAAUUUCGUCUAGACACCAUUUCUGUUGAUGAAAUAAAGACAUAU